AUGUAUUGGGUGUUACUCUUUCAACCGAAGGAGAAGACAUAUUCAAUUCGAAUCUUGAGCUAUGACCCACUGAUUAUAUAUGUUGUUGGGUUUCUGUCAUGGGUAGAAAGAGCCUAUUUAUUGCGUCUUGGGAAGCCGUUAUUUGAGAGAUCGACAGUAUACAACAAUGGCGUUCAAGAGGUAGAUAUGGAUCGAACAAGCAGCACCGCAUAUCUUCCUGACGGAGAUCGUAUUGUCCAGCGAAUCAUCAGACGAGCCUCCGAGAUUCAGGGCUACACGAAGGAGAGCCUUCAUGAAUCGCUACAACUGACGCGAUAUGGCCCCGGCCAGCUCUUCCGUCCCCACGUAGACCCUCUUGAGGACAGUGCCAACAAGACCUUGACCCACCGACUCACAACGAUUUUCGCAAUCGUCGAAGCCACAUGCGAUAGGUGUGGGACCCAGUUUCCAAAUAUCCGCAUCAAUUGGACAUUGGAAGAUCCAGGCUGGUGCAAAUAUGUAGAAUGUGGCGACGUCGUGGCCCUCACAGUCAAGGCUGUCCCCGGUAAUGCAGUAUUUUGGAAGAGCUGGACGAACUCAGGGAGACUCGACCCUAGAACACUCCACGCUGGAUUACCUCCUGAAAGAGGGAUCAAGACUGGUCUUAACAUAUGGACUCAUGGCUAG